AUGGAGACCAUCAGAACAGUUCUCGCUCUAGCUGCUCAACUGGAGUUACCAGUAUACCAGCUGGAUGUCAAAUCAGCAUUUCUGAACGGAGAACUGGAAGAAGAAGUCUACGUGGAGCAACCACGAGGCUAUGAGAAAAAAGGAGAAGAAGACAAAGUCUAUCGUCUCCGAAAGGCUUUAUACGGGCUGAAGCAAUCACCGAGAGCUUGGAACAGCAGAAUCGAUCGAUAUUUUCAGCAAAACGGAUUUCAAAGAAGUCCGAGUGAAGCAUCUCUCUACAUCAAAAAGGGAGAAGGAAAAGAUUAUCUAAUGGUUUGUUUGUAUGUUGAUGACUUGAUUUACACAGGUACAAAUCAACAUAUGAUCGAAGAAUUAAAAAACACCAUGAUGAAAGAAUUCGAGAUGACGGACUUGGGACUCAUGAAAUAUUUUCUUGGGAUCCAAGUGAAGCAGUCACCUGGAGAAAUAUUUAUUUCACAGGAGAAGUACACCGAAGAUAUGCUGAAAAGAUUUCACAUGGCAACGUGCAAACCAAUCUCAACACCAAUGGCGUUAAACGAGAAAUUACAACGCAAUGAUGGAGCUGAAAAAGUCGAUGGAAAGCUGUACAGAAGUCUCGUCGGGUCACUCAUUUACCUGACACAUACCAGGCCUGAUAUAUGUCAUUCAGUAAGUCUUAUAUCAAGAUUUAUGAAUGAACCUAGCAAACUUCAUUUUGCAGCAGCCAAAAGAAUUUUGCGGUAUCUUCAAGGUACAAAGAAAUUGGGCCUGAUGUACAAGAAAGAAGCAGAAAGCAAGCUGACUGGAUAUACCGAUAGUGACUGGGCAGGAUCACUGGAUGAUCGAAAAAGCACAUCGGGGUACAUAUUCUGCCUGGGUUCAAAACCCAUUUCCUGGAGUUCAAAGAAGCAGAAGAUUGUGGCAUUAUCUUCAGCAGAAGCAGAAUAUACCGCAGCUACAGAUGUAGCGUGCGAAGCGGUAUGGCUAAAAAGAUUAAUUUCUGAUUUGCAGCAAAAUGAAAAUGGUCCAACCAUUAUUCAUUGUGACAACAUGUCAGCCAUAGCCAUGACAAAAAAUCCAGUAUUUCACGCAAGAUCGAAGCAUAUCGAGUUGCGUCAUCAUUUCAUCCGAGACCUCGUCAACGAAGGAUUAAUCGUGAUGGAAUUUAUCAACACCGACGACCAGCCAGCAGAUAUCAUGACAAAGGCGGUCACCCGUGAGAAAUUCGAGAAGUUUAAGAAGGUACUUCAAAUUGCAAAUUAA